AUGGUUCGUCCGCCUGCUCUCCGCGACGUCGAGAAGCCGAAGAAGAUGAGGAAGUCCCUCGACACGCUGGGCAUUCCCCAGGAGCAGCUCCUUCAGGAACAGAUGGCCCUCUUUGCCAAGGCCCGCAAUGCGUUGAACUCCUCCAAGGGUGGUGAGGCCGCGCCCUCUCCUUCACUCGACGUUGGUCAGCCGACAGACCAGUAA